GGUAUGUGUGUUUGAGAUCAAGCAUCCGCAGAGUCUAGUUACAACACGUGGCUUUAAGUGACUGGAAGUUGCCAUGUGUGUUUAGCAUAGUAAAGGAAACCGGAUCGUACCGGCCGGUUGAACCGGUAAAACCGGAAACCGGCGCCUGGCCGAUACGGUAGCUGGUUUGUAGUGAAAGAGUCGUUCCGGCCGAUUUUUCCAGUAAAACCGGUUCAAUUCAAAAAACCAGGCGGUUUUGGUCUAACCGGAGGUAAGCUGAUGGGAAGGAGUAAAAAUCUCACGCAUCCUUUCUUGAAACUCAUUUGAGAAUUGAGAUACCAAAGACGCACUUCGCCAUUCACCAAUCUCUCUCUCGCUCCAUCAAUUCUUCGAGCUCCCUCUCUCUCUCUGGCUUUAGCGAAUCAUCUCCGACCUCUAUCUUGCUCCGACGGAAUCCAUCGGCGAAUCUCCGACCUCCCUCCCUUGCUGCGGGAAAACCAGCAUGCGAUUCUCCGACCUCUCUCCCACUCCAGCGGAAUCAGUAGGCUGUUCUCCGAUUUUAUGAUAAGGUUAUCCCUCUCUUCGGAAUGAAGAAGUAAUUGUGCUUUGGUGUUUUUUUUUUUAGUUCGCUCUCCCAAGUACUAGUGAAAUUGAGCUCGCUCUCCUACUACUUAGGGUUUCUUUUGUGGUUUUUUGUGCUUUGGAUUUCUAUCGCUUGCAAUUACGUUUGUGUAUGGUAGAUCAAUUGAUGGUCCUGGUGCUUUGUGUUUGCAUGGUGUGAUUGUGAAGUUGUGUUUCAAUUGAUUGGAUGUUUCAAUUUAGCAAGUUGAUCGGUUGUGGUUGUAUGUACUGACUAUGCUGGUUUUGGCAACUUGCUGAAUGCAAUCCUAGAUCCAAUCUGGAUAUUCCUUUGCAAUUUUGGCAUAGGGGGGCUGCAGUUGCUACUGUGAUAACUGGUAGCCCAUAAAUAACAGUUUUGUGCAGCUAUUAGUCCAAUCUUUAUAUUCCUUUGCAAUCUAUUCUGAUUGUGUUUCUGGUUCUCUCCAGACUCAGAUAAACAACAGUUCACCGUGAAGCAUGUGCAGCUAUGGAAGGUAGCAUAUCAUAUCACAUCACCUAAAUGGACUCACAACUACUAUCUUGCGGCCAUCUCUGUCCAUUAUGCCAAGUAAUUCAGCUUACCUCUUUGUUGUUAUUUUCGCUACUACAUGGAUGAACAACUUGCUGUAAUUCUCUAUUGCUACCUCCUCGUUACUUCUUUUUAAGAGGGUUCUUUGCUAAAUUUUUGUGUAGGCACAAAAUAUGAAAUGCUGUAAGCUAACUCCAUCUCCUGAAAUAGUGUUUAGCCAAUAACAGAGAAAGGAAUUCACAGCAGCAGGUAAGCAUUUUGUUUAAUGGUUUCACCUUUGGGUUUUCUUUUUCAUUUCUCCCUCUCUGCUUUGCCCACCCUUCCGCUCUCUAGAAGGCCAGCUUCAACUGGUGAAGUGCAUUACAUCAGAUGCACAGCUAAAAGGAAGUCUAGCCUUUGUCUCACUGGUUUUAUUUGAUCAUAGUGAAGUUUGAUCACAAGCAAAUUAGUAGUCGAACUUGUAGAUUUUGAAGAAACCAGUCACUGAAAUAGAUGUGUGAAAUAACGAUUAUAAGUUUUUUGUUUCAAUGUUCUUUUUUUUGUUUCAAUGAUAAGAAAUGUCUGUAAUUCAAUGAUUAAUGUUGUUUGUAUCCUCCCUAUUGGGGACCUGUUUAGUGCCUUGCCCAACAAGUGUAUUCCAUGACAAUCUUUUCUUGAUUCACCUUCAGUUGCUUCCUCCUUUAUUAUCUGCAAAGAUAUGCUAGUUGCCUCAAUGUUGAUUUUGCACGUUUACCGCUUAUAAUACAGUCAUUCGAGAUUUUCUCGGGAUGAUGAGUAAUCAAUUUCGGAAGUACUCCACUGGUCUUCACGGUCAUAUUCAAUGUGAUAUGUUUCCUAACAUACCAAUGUGAUUUUAAGUUACUAAGCAUAUCUUAUUUCAAUCACACUGAUGCCUAAAUUGCGUUUCACUAAUGUUACUCGUGUGGAAAUUGCAAUGAGUCUCUGUGUCAUUGCUGGCCGAAAUUGCUUAGAGAAUGUUUUUUGCUUCCAUAGUAUUUGAUGGUAGCAAAGCAAAAAAACAGAUGAGCUAUUUUAAUGUAUUCUGAGUUGAUGUUCUAAUGCUUUUGCCGACUGAUAUAUGGGUCAAUGAUGACUGAUUUUCUGUAGAGAUUGUAUUUGCUUCGUAGUAUUGAUGGUUCUGCUUGUGUUAUUGUUUCCUGAUUGUAGAUUUACUGAAUUGGUGAAGAUUCCCUGGCAGUCAAAAUUCUUCUUUUGCCAAAUCCUGUGAAGUUAAAAAUUCUAUCUGCCAAGCUACACUCAGCACGUCUUGGGAUUCUAAAUGGAACUCCGAGUUUCAUCACUAAAGCGACUUGGACUUUCGACUUCUGAUUGUGCUAGUGACCCAGAGGAAAAGGAAGUAAGUGAUGAAGACGAUGAUGACCGCAACCAUAAGCAUCGUAGGAAGGAGUCACAAUCUCAGUCUAUGCAGAGAGAUUUGUUAGAACCGGUUUCCAAUAGGCCAUUCAGGAAGAGAAACAGACUAUUUGACAACGGCCAUCCUUUCAGGGAAAAUGAAUCUCAAGACUACACCACAAAGUUCGAAAAAAGACGCCCUGGGCCAGGCUCUUUUCCCCAAAGGGUCAGGCCAAAUCAAUUAUUUUCUGGGGAUCCUGGUUCCAUUCGGGGAAGAGGAAGGGACCCUCUUCCUUGGGGUCAGCAUGAUCCUAGAUUCAAUCAAGCCGAUCUUGCCUCUGGUCUCUUUGCAGGGAGGGGUUUGCCUAAUAUAUCAAAUCCACAAAGUGGAUCUUGGAACGGGUUUGGAUUGAUUCCAGGAAUUCCUAAUGGUGGCUUGGACACACUUCAUACCAUAGGAUUGCAAGGAACAUUGGCACCAGCAGUAAACUCUUCAUUGAAUAUGCGCAUUACGAGACAGCGUUGUAGAGAUUUUGAGGAGCGUGGCUUUUGUCUCAGAGGGGACAUGUGUCCUAUGGAGCAUGGUGUUAACCGUAUUGUUGUUGAAGAUGUCCAGAGCCUUUCUCAGUUUAACCUCCCCGUUUCACUCCCAAGUGCACAACUGGUGGGACCUCCUUCUGUUCCGGGGGGCUUACAAGGGAUUGGUAACCCUUCAACCAUGUCUGCUAACAGCAAAGCUCUAACUGGAAAUAGUACCAAAUCUGGGCUGUAUGAUGACAAUCCUGGACUGAAUGGUGGAUAUUCUGGCUCGGUUUCUGCAAGCGGAGCUGACUUUUAUGAUCCAGAUCAACCCUUGUGGAAUAACAGUGGUCCUGAAACAUCCAACUCACUCUUACGCCUACAUUCACCCAAAAAUAAUGGAACUGAUUCUCUGAUGAAUGUUGAUCCCUCUGAUCAGGAUCAUGCCGGUCUAGUCACAGGCUCAUCAGUUUGGGGCAGAAUCAGUGGUAUUAGAAACCGACGAGAAGGGAAAGAGAAAAUGGAUUCAACUCCAAGCAAUGUCGGUCAUUUGGAGAAUGGAGCUAACAAGGAGGAACAGGAUGCUUCAGCCAAUCCUCGAGGUGCUUUUCGACGUGGGAAGCAACAUGUCGUUACGUCCGAGGAUAUUGGUGGGCCAGCCUCAGACAACAAGCCCCUAGGUGGUCAGCCUAUGCGUGUUAUGCGAAAGCCAUCUCAGAAGGCAUUGCGUACAUUAUUUGUCGCAGGUAUUCCACUCAAGAGCAACAGAAGGGAGACUCUCCUUUCUCAUUUCCACAAAUUUGGCGAGAUAAUCGAUAUUUAUAUACCUUCAAAAAGCGACCGGGCAUUUAUUCAGUUUUCAAAGAAGGAAGAGGCCGAAGCUGCUCUAAUGGCUCCGGAUGCUGUGAUGGGGAAUCGGUUUAUCAAGUUGUGGUGGGCAAAUCGUGAUAGCAUACCUGAUGGUGGUGUGAGCAGUAGCAACAGUGGUGUGUCUUUACCUCCACGUGGUACGGGAUCAAUCCCAGUCCCACCUCAUCCUUCUGUUGGUAACAAGGGAAAAGAUAUUGUUCAGUCAAGUGGAGCAAAGGUUGCCAGUGAUAUUCCCUCUGAUGCUUCCACUGAGUACCAAAAGCUCCCCAAUGCAAAUAGUCCCAUAGGUCCACCUCCUGUUCCGAAAAAGCUAGAACAAUUGAAGGAAGAGCUCCGGAAAAAGCAGGAAAUGCUAGACCAGAAGCGGAAUGACUUCCGGCGCCAAUUGGAAAAGCUUCAGAAACAAACAACAGUAACCAAGAGUGAGGUAUCGACUGAGACUCCAAAGAAAUCUAAAGUCGCAGCUGAUGCUGCAAAAACUACUACCGAAACAAUGCUGUCUGUUCCCUCUCCGUCACCCUGUCGGGAGAUGAAGAUGGCCAAUAAGAACAAAUCAACAGAAACGGCGUCACCCACUUCUAAGAUUAUUGCUGGAGGGACAGUGCCAGAGGAAUCUUCAGACUCAAAGUGGCUGCCACCAGUGCGGCCUGUAGUACCUAUUGUUGGCUCUCCUUGUCUGGCGAAUAGAUACAAGUUGGACAAUCGCCCGACUACGUUUAAGAUCAUUCCCCCCUUGCCUGCUGGUUUGGCAAAUGUUGAUGUUUUGAAGGAGCACUUCUCCACUUUUGGCAAUCUCACUUCAGUGGAACUGGAAAGUGCCGAACUUUGUCAAAGUGAUGGCGGUGAUGAUGAUGAUGAUACAUCCAAGACAACAGCCACUAAACUUUGCUCCUGCGCUCAUGUAACUUUCGCAACUCGUCGCUCAGCCGAGACAGCAUUCGUAAAUGGUAAAACCUGGCAAGGCCAUGAUUUACGAUUUACCUGGAUGGCAUCAAGUUCCACUUCCACCAACAACCCUCGGAGCAAAGCAACCACACCGUUACCUCUUCCCGACGACAAGUCAAAAAAGCCUGAUCCUCAAGAAGCUAAGCACUCAGAAACAAAUGGCGGUGUAGAAAAGAGUGAGUUAAGUGAACCUCCCCAGCUACAUCCAACUGAAGAAGAAUCAGUCCAAAUCAAACCUGCCCUCACGAAGAUCUCUUCCGAGAAAGAGGCUAGUUCGGGCAAGGAAGAACCAGUUGAAUGCGAAGAUGGUUGCUGAUGAUGAUGUCAGUCGGGAAUUGUACAGCAAGGUAAGGUGUUAAAAGAAAAUUCCUAUUCUGAAACUAAUUAACAGGAGCCUUUUCCGGUUAGCAAUUUUCUGAAACUAUCCCCCCGAUCUUGUUUUCUUUUUUGUUCUUUCUUGUAUCUCGGAUGUGUAGAAAGGGGAUUUUUCUGAUUUUUCACAGCCACCGUAAUUGGGUUACGGGGAUAUGAUACUGAGAUAGUUAAGUGGCAGACUUGAACAUGUUUCGUCUUUUGACGUUUGAGCAUAGAUUACUGGCCUCUGAACUGAUUUGAAAAAAGUUAAAAAAAAAAAAAAAAAAGACUGGAAGAAGAAAAGAAAAAGUUGUACUGAGAUCAGUUUUACGGCCAGUAAAAAAACUGAAAUAUGGGAUGUAUUUUUUUUGUCCCAUUUUUGUUUUCUACAGUCAGAAGUUUUGUAUUCGUAGAGGAAGGAAUGUUUACGUAUGUAGGUGUAAAUUUAUGGCAGGUAAAUUCAAAAUUCAGAAUGCCCAAAUUUUGUGGCUUUAUUACUGUGAAGGUGGAGAAGGGGAAUGAAUGUCCAAUGAUGUUCUAUUUACUAUGCAUGUGAGUUACCCGGGAACGGCUACGGUGCUAAUUGUACAAUAGUUAGCACCGUUCUAACCAAGGGAAAAACUACUACUAGUUUAAGUUUAAAUUAGUAGUGAUUUAGCUUAGAUGUUGUAUUGAUUUUAUAAUAAUCCGUAGUGAUUUUUGCUAGUUAUCACGGUGCUAACUCCUAUAAGGGUUAGCACCUAAUCCCAUCCCGAGUUACCCUAUAUCCUUAAACAUGCUAAGGACGGGUUUUCAUGACCUUGGUCGUCUGAUCGAGAACUCAAUGUCAUUCAUGUGGAAUCAAGACAGACCUGAUCGAGAACUCAAUGUCAUUCACGACAGGUUGAAACUUUAAAAAAAUAAUCAUUUGAUUUAUGGUUGUAGUACAUACCAUAGUUAUUUGAUUCUAGUGAGAACGUAUGAGGACAACAUAAUAAUUUAGAUUGUGUUGAUUCAUAAUUCUUUAUAACCUGAUAGCGUGGUGCGAUUAACUAAGCUAUACUCCAAAUGUGUUAAUAAUAAUUGUUGGAUCACAUGUUUCACUUUCGUCUGGGUGCACCGGCUGAUCCUUUCCCGCCGAUUUAUCCUUGUGCUGCCGUCGAAGUUCGAACCAUCAGUGGCUCCUUUAUUAAAGAGCGGCCAGCUGAAAGCGGCGCCGUGGUGGUGGUCCCAUAGCCCAUUAUGUGGCCGGGAUUCGGCCCAGGGCCCACUUGUUAGCCAGGCCCCAGGAGAAUAGAUUAACCUUUCUUAA